UCUAGGCAACACACGCUUUUCAUAUUUUCAUACUUUUCACAACAAACAAUACUUAGGGUUUUUAGUAGUUUGGAGAGAAAAUCCAAGACUCCUUCAAAGAUUUGUAUUGGAACUCCAGUAUUUCUAACUCUAUUAUAUUUAUGCAAUUUAUUCAAUUAUCUGUUAUGAUUUACUUUUCCAUGUCUGGGUAAUUCACUUGUUAGAUUUAGGAUCUAAAUAGGUUACGAGGGAUUAGCCCAAAAUAUAGAAUUGCUAGGGUGAUAAAUAUCAUUUAAGGAAUUGUGGUUAAUGCCUUUGUUCUAGAGUAGCUAACUAGAACUUUGAAAUUAGGAUUGUGGACAACUACGACGGUAGGUUCUGCACCAGAAUUAAUUCCUUGAGCUAGUCUUGCUAGAAACAAGCGAAAGCUGAUUUAGACAAUACUGGUGAACAUAUCGAUCAACUCGCUAACUCUUGCUUAAGAGAACAUCGAUCGACGUUCUUACCAUAACAUCGAUCGAUGUUCGAUCCGUAUCAACAAGCAACAACUGAGAUAUUGGACUUAGUCAAUAGGAUUGAUUCAACAGCGAAAGCUGGAAUACUUUCUCAUAGGAAGUCGAGUUCUAGGAUUGACAACCUAAGUAUUCUAUACCACUAUAGUCAUGAUUGCCUGAAUAGAAACCCUAUAAUCAACUGAACAACUGCCUUGUUCGCUUUGCUUGCUUAUUUACUGUUUUGAUAAUUUACCUAGCUUAAUCACUGCUGAUUAAGAUCUAUUGUGUGCCCUAGGUCCUUGUAAAUUCACUCCCUAAGUACUACAACUAAACCUGUUAUUUGAGAGAGCAAAAGUCACUCCUAGGGUAAUUUGAGUGAUAUCAACACAUCAUUCAAAUUCUUCUCGAAUUCAAAACAUCCCUAGGAAAAUGUUGCGCACAAAUCUAGAACUUUCCACAGUUAGUACAUAUUCUGCAGUCUUUUUGGGUCCGAGGAUGAUACUGGAUAAGAAGUACAUAACUGCCAUCUUCACUCAAUCCCUAGAGCAAGGCCCUUUCAUUUCUAACAGUUUUUUCUUGAUAUGAUUGAAUGUAAUCUUCUUUCUGUCUCAAAAGGCCCCUUGAUGAAGGAUGUACUACCCAUCCUUUCAUACUUGUUGGGAUAAACAUGGCAAUAUCGUCCGGAGAUGAGAUCCAUUUCUCUGAGAGAGUAUCAGAUUGGAACGCCAUUGAAAAUGAGCCAUAACACCAUUUCCUCCCGUACUUUUGUUGUCCGAAGAACGAGCAUCCACAUUCCCAUCCACUUGUGUUGUGCGUUUUUCAAACUAAAGAAAUGUUUGAACUGUAGAUGCUUGUAGAACCAGUCCAACUCCAUCUGAUUCAGCUUCUUUGUUAGAAGACUUGUCUCCUUACCAAUGUAACACUUUGAUGAAAUCAUACUUACUUUCACAUAAUCAGUUGGAGGAAAAUAUAUCUUCAGCGUUAUGCGGGUUACUUCAGGAGGAAUCAAGUUAACUCCAUAGCCUUUUUCAUGCGUUCUGACUACACCCAAAGGAAAUGAUGCAAUUUUGUAUGCCUUUCCCGAGCCUUCUUCACAUCAGGCAUGUCUGAUUUCGUCGGUUUCUGCAAUUUUGGUUGAAUUUUGAUGGUGAUGAAGAGAGGUUGAUAACGGCCGAUUGGAAGAAAAUGAAUGAAUAAGGCAAACCUAAAGAGACUUAAUCAAUUUUCAGUUUUUAGAACUGAAUCUGGGUUUAGCAUGGUUCUGGGGUUGGAUAGUCCGAAUGGUAAAGUUGUAAUUAGUUAUAUUUGCUUUGGUUUCUUGGUCUUUUAAUAUUUCUCAAUUAAAAUAAGAAAAAUAAAAAAGGAAAAAAGAGAGGAAUAUAAGAGAUUGUUUUUUGGCUGCAAGAGUACCUCAACAUUUGAUUCAAACUCUAUGAGAGAUAAAAUAUAAAAAAAUGAAGUCUCCCAAAAUCUUUGAAGUACUCUCUCUACUACUCGCGUUCUCAGUUGUUGAUGUAGUUGAAUUCUUGGUGGAAGAUAAUACCAAAUACUCCGUUAAUGCAUUAAGAUUCUGGGAUGAAAUCGGUGGGUAAAACUUUGCCAGAGCUGCAAACUUCGUGUGGGGUUUAUUCCCUCAAACCAAGAACCCUUCCGACAGAAGGAUUGUUACGAUGAUCAAAUUAUUGAUGGAGAUGGUGGACGGUGUGGCGUACAACAAUAUAGAUGAGAUACACUUCAACAAAGGUUAUCUCGUGGAUUUAUCGAAAGAUGCUAGAAGGGAAUUUAGUGGAGUGGUUUAUCAUGAGGUUGUUCAUUCUUUGCUAUCGAAUGGUAUGGGACAGGCUCCGGUUUGUAUUAUCAAAAGGAUAGCGGACUAUGUGAGGCUAAAAGAGGAUCAUGCUCCAGAUCACUGGGUAGGAUCCGGUGGUGGUGAUAAGUGGGACAAGGGUUAUGACGUUACUUCAAGGUUCUUGGAAUAUUGUAAUGAGCUGAUGGAUGUGUUCGUUGUGGAGUUGCAUAAGAAGAUGAAUGAUGGAUAUAGUGAAAAUAUUAAAAAUAAUUUUAUGAGGUAUAUAUGGUUUUCAACAUGAAAUAAAUCGUUUUGAAAAAAUAGAUGGU